AAUGGGAAGAGGUAGCUGGAGAGCACAUUGGAGGCUCUGGGAAGGAUGGCCCUGGGCUUGCCGACGGUGGGAUCGUGGGCUGAGGGGAGACCGUCAUUGCGUCAUUAGACCUGAGGCACCAGUGACUGAGCUGCCCUUCACAUCAUGGUCACCAAGACUGGAAGGAUGUUGCAAACAUCAGCAUGCUGAGGCCGAGGGGACCCGCCAGUGGAGCGCAAGGACCAGACACUCCCGCAAUGACCAGUUCCCCCGUCUCCAGAGUCGUCUACAACGGCAAGAGGAACAGUAGCCCUCGCUCCCCCCCCAGCAGCAGUGAGAUCUUCACCCCGGCCCAUGAGGAGAAUGUGCGCUUCAUUUACGAAGCCUGGCAGGGCGUGGAGCGAGAUCUGCGGAGCCAGAUGUCAGGCAGCGAGCGGGGCCUGGUGGAGGAGUAUGUGGAGAAGGUCCCUAACCCCAGUCUGAAGUCCUUCAAGCCCAUCGACCUGAGUGAUCUGAAGCGCCGGAACACGCCGGACGCCAAGAAGUCCUGAAGCGUGUGGUGUCCCUCCCCUGGCCUCUGGGAGACCCAGGCGCCGCCUGAUGUUGGUCUCCUGCGGGUUUGGCUCCUGGGAGGGGGAGGGGCUGUAAACCCCAGGACCAGGAGGGGCAUGAUUGAUGGCCAGGGCCUGCCCUUCCUCCCCGAGCCCCCUCCUUUCUUCUCAGGGGGUCUCAAGCUGCCCUGUCACUGGGGGUAGGGGGGCCUGGGCCCUACCAGCCCCUGCUCCUCCCCCGGAGUUGCAUCUCUGGAGCACCUGCUCUGCCUGCCCCCACCCCAGGGCCUUGACUGACUCCUUUCCACUUCCCACCACCUUCCAUUGCCUCCCCCCCAGCCCCUGACCCCCCCCCAGCCACUUUCAAGGUCAGGAGGGAGACAAGGGAGCCUCUGCUGUCUCCCAGGCUGGUGGCACUGGGCUUGUCCGUGAGGUGGCCAGGAGGCAGGACGAGGGUGGCCCUUCUCAUACCUGUUGUGUAUCCCCCACCAAGCCUUGCUGCUUUUCUGGGCUGGACACCUUGGGGAGCAUCUAAUCCUUCACCCCGUUGUCCAGCCUGGCCCCUUCCUUCCCUGCAUCAGCUUCGGGAUGGCACCAGCUCUCCAGGCCUGGGAUGCCACUGAGCACCCCCUCACAAAGGGUCUUGGGCAACCAGGCCUAGCCCCUUGCUCUCUGCGGCCCUGUGGCCACAGCAGUCCCCUCGGGCGGGGGCAUGAGGCCGACCCUGGCCCUGUACCAUGUGCUGGGAUGGUCACCAGGGUCCUCUUUCCUUCCCGUGCCCUCUAAAACGCAAGUGUCUGUGACUGGAGCCCAAGGACCAGUGAAUAAAGGCAGGUGGUGUUGGAUUGGCCCCUUGGUCUUUCAGGCCUCUGUCCCGGCAGCCUACACGGGGCUGAAGAUCCAAGGUCAGACCCUUGAACCCAGAAAUUCCGUCAGAUCCCUGGGUUCCUGGAGCGGGGCUCAGGCCUUGGGGUGGGGGGUGCAGUGGGAGGUGGAGUUGGGGGUUUCUGGAGGAGAGAGGCUGAGGUGGCUCUCCUUUAGGGGACCAUUGCCUUAGGGGUGGGGGCCCUGGAGGCAGUAGCCUCCCUCUGCAGCCCUGGACCUACACACUGAACCGGGGGGGGGGGGGGUCGUGGCUUCUCCGCCGUUCAGAUGAAGGGGUGGCCGCUGGGCCCUGGGGGAGACCCGAGUGCACUUGACCUUCAAACCUGGAAAGCCCUGGUAGGCCAGGCCCAGAGACGCCAAACUGGAAUUUAUUUUGGGAACAUCCUUUCCUGGAAGAGUAUUCUGGGGCUUACAGGUGACUUCAGGAGGCAUCUUCCUCUGGGGGGUGCUCCCCAGGAACAGGGCACGGGAAGGACAGGUCAGGUAAUAAGCAGCCGCCUUGGCUCGCUGCCAGUGGGUGCCGGUGAUGGCAAGGCCCUGAGCCAAGUCUCUAAUCACGUGGCCUUAUUUGCUCCCCGGGGACCUGCGGCGUGUUUUGCCGAGGCGUUUGAAUGCCCCCAGCUACCCUCCCUCUCCCCCUGCACUAGCGGUGACACCCGUGGACCUGUCCACCCAGCCACCGCUGUGGGUGGACCACAGGAGAUCCCUCAAAGGCUUUUCACUCAGUGUCCCGCCAGCUUAGCUUUUGUGUGAAAUGGAGGCCCUUGGCUUGUGGUCUUUCUGGUCUUUCUGCCGAGACCACCUGGGGGGGUGGGAAUGUGGUGAAGAGGCCACCUGCUAGGAGGGAGGGUGGAGCUCAGAUGGCACUGGAGGUGGAGGCUCUGGGAGCAGGAAAUGAGCGGGGCUGGGGGUGGAUGGAGCCAUGCUGGCUGGGCAGGGAGCCGUCCCUUCCCUAAUUUGGGGUCCAUGUGUCCCAUUUGGAGAUUUUGCCUAGUGGGUGAGGACUCUGAGCGGUCAUAAAGGGGGUCUCAGGGGCCAGGGGGAGGGGGCAGAAAUGGGACUGGGGGAUGCUAGCUAGUAGGGGGGUCCUUCCCGUUGCUCUGGCCCAGCUCUCAGAUGGGCGUGGGCCCUCUGGUCUGAGCCCCAGCUGUGCUGCCUGCCCCUCCCCAUCCGAGGCCCUGGGGAUCUUCCUACAAGUGGCUGGAGACCCCUUACCUCUGCUACAGUGAGGGCAGUGAGCAUCUUGAUGGAACAGGGAUGCUUCCAUUACUCCAUCACAUUGUAGUCUGCACAUGUGCACAUCCCUAGUUCAUUCAGUGUCGGUAACUCCGUGGGGCAAGUUUUAUUACCCUACCUUUACCUCUUUUCGGAGGCUGGCCUUAUUCAAAUUUUAGGCUUUUAGUUUUAUCAAAAUUUUGAUUUAGUAAAUACCACGCACUCUGAGCAUGUUUAUGUGUAUUGAGCAUGAACAGUAAUCUCCAAACAUUUAAUACCCGGCCCGUGUUCCCCUUAACAUCUGAUUAUACGCUAUGUGGGUUAUGGACUCAGGAUGGGAAGGCAGAGUGUAUCUGCUGCACCUGUCUGACCUGUCCCUUAAGUCUUACUUCCCCUCCCCCCAUUUAUGUAUUGAAGACCCCUUGGGUGCUUCAAGAUGGAGUUUCCUGCAUUCUGGAUUUGGCUGGUCACUUCCUUCUGUUAGCAGGCUCCUCUGUCCCCUGCAUUUCGUUAGCUGAAGUGAGAUACGGAGGCUGGAUGGGAUGUAAAAUGAUUGCUCUGGUUACUAGUUUGGGAACAGGCUGUAGGCAGAUGCAGCGUAGAAAGCAGACCUAUGGGGCUACCUCAGUGAACUCUAGGAAGCUCAGUGGGGGGCAUGUAAGGAGCUCUAUGUGGACGUGUGGAAUUGGAGGGGUUGCACGGGAAGAUGAGUCUAAAGCGUGGAUUUGGGAGGGCCACAGGGGCCGGAGAUAAGACUGGGAAGUCACCUAAGAUAUUGAUAGUUUUCACCUACCGAUAAGGGAGGAGGGGGGCCUGAUCCCUGGGCGCUGCAGUCAAGGAGGGGAGGAGGUAGCAG